AUAUGGGUGAAAUAUACGGUUGGAAAACGAAAGUGUAAUUUCAUCAGCAGCCAGUGAGGGACAGCAAUGCCCUCAGCAACACCUGGAAGAAGCGUUAUAAACUUUCACUUCACUGUUGAUCUGUUCAGUGCGCGGGACUGAAAUAUACAUAACUGAAAUAGUUCGUUUUCUGUGCAGACAGGAAUGUUUUGGCUAAUUGUAUUAUUUCUUUUUAUUUUCAUUUCUCCUCAAAGCAAUGCGAAACAAGAGAAACACUGCCUGCACUACAUGUAUACAGGCUUAACCAAAGCUGGUCCAUUUCCUGAGUUCAUUGCUGAGGCUGAAUCUGAUGACAAACAGAUUGUUCGCUACAGUAAUGAAAAACACGCCUGGGAAAGAGACAAUCUGACUGUAGAUGACUGGAGCAAAGCUCCUGCAGAACCACCUGAAACUAGAGAAGAGUUCUUAAAACAUCUAUAUGAUCUGUCAAAGUGCAAAUACUCUGCAGUGUGUUCUGAGUUUCACGUACUCCAGAGAAUAGUUGGCUGUAAAGUGGUGAAACUUCCUAAUGGAACAGUGACGAAUCUGAAGGCUUUUGACGAGUAUGCAUACGAUGGAAUAGAUCUCCUUACCUUUCAUUACAACCACCCGCUUCCGUGGAUGGAUAAAGACAUAGAAACCAAAAUGGAUCAUCAAACUGGACGAAACCCAUUCCUCAUGGAUUUCCUCAACAACUGCACUAAGUGGAUCUCCACAUUUAACAACACAUAUAAGAGUCAACCAGAUGUUCGUGUCUUUGCAAGAAAAGCUCCUGAUGAUCACAGUAAGCUGAAUCUGAGCUGUCUGGCCACUGGUUUCUACCCCAGAGAUAUUGAGAUGAACAUCAGAUUGAACAGAAUUAACACUGAAAACCAAACGUCAUCUGAAAUCAGACCAAAUGAUGAUGAAACCUUUCAGAUAAGAACCAGUGUGAAGAUUGACAGAAACCACAAAGGAUCUUAUAGCUGUUUUGUCAUUCACAGCAGUCUGACAGAACCAGUUUCAGUAGAAUGGGAUGGAAAAUGUUCUAACUGUGAUCCAGACCCUCCACGGUCUGCUGCAGCAAGAGUAUUAGUAGCGGCAUUUCUAGUUUUUCUUAUUGUGAUUGGUUGCUGCAUCUACAAAAGGAGAAGAUCAAGUGUGACCUGGACCAUGUACCCAGGUGAAGGGGCCGACGAGCAAAUGGUCUUUCUUCCAGGUCUUCCUAUCUGA